UCAUUUCAGGCCAGCCCGGAGACGGAGACCCUUUGAAACGUAAAUACCGGCCUCAUGGCCUUGCGUGCGUCCGUCAGCACUGUCACCAGGGCAGCAACUCGUUUAGGCCAGCACUCUGCGCGGCCGGUCCGCCCUCUCGGGGCCCGCGUCGUCACUCGUGCCAUGAGCGGCGAGGAGGCUGCGGCCAAGGCCGCUGCUCACCUCGCGGACACGGAGCCUCCUACGAUCUUUGACAAGAUCGUUUCCAAGGAGAUUCCUGCCAACAUCAUCUAUGAGGAUGACGAGGCCCUGGCCUUCCGCGAUAUCCAGCCCCAGGCCCCCGUGCACUUCCUGGUCAUCCCCAAGAAGCGCAACGGGCUGACGCGGCUGAGCAAGGCCUCGCCGGAGCACAAGGCGCUGCUGGGGCACCUGAUGUGGGUGGCGCAGCACGUGGCCAUGAAGGAGAACCUUGGCGACGGCUUCCGUGUGGUCGUCAACGACGGCCCCAACGGUUGCCAAAGCGUGUACCACCUGCACCUGCACAUCAUGGGUGGCCGCCAGCUGACCUGGCCCCCGGGCUAAAUGGAGCUAGGCCUUGCCCGUUGCGCUGCCGUGUGCGGGCGGUUACUGGGGCGUUGGCAGCCGGCAUGAAGAACACGAGUGGUUGGGUACUCGAGGAGCAGUGUGUGUUUGUGGCCGUCGUCGGCGGAGCUCAUGCGCUUUUGGAGCAUUGACGGGCGAGCGGGCGGCGGUCGCUGUGGUUGGCAAGGGCUGUAACAGUGUCCGCGUUG